AUGGUGGAGAUGCUUGUUUGGCUGCUGAUGGGGAAACUCGUCAGUUAAGUGAAACAGAAAGUGAUGACUGCAACACAGACGAAUGUCCAAUCAGUGGAGGAUGGAGUGAAUGGUCAGAAUUCGGUUCCUGCUCUAACACGUGCGGUGGAGGUACAAAGACACGUUCUAGGUCAUGUGACAAUCCAGCCCCUGAUCAUGGUGGAGAUACUUGUUUGGCUGCUGAUGGAGAAACUCGUCAGUUAAGUGAAACAGAAAGUGAUGACUGCAACACAGAUGAAUGUCCGAUCGAUGGAGCAUGGAGUGACUGGUCAGCAUUUGGCUCUUGCACUAACACGUGUGGUGGAGGUACAAAGACACGUUCUAGGUUAUGUGACAAUCCAGCACCUGAUCAUGGUGGAGAUGCUUGUUUGGCUGCUGAUGGGGAAACUCGUCAGUUAAGUGAAACAGAAAGUGAUGACUGCAACACAGACGAAUGUCCAAUCAAUGGAGGAUGGAGUGA